AUGGGGUAAAUAUUUCAGAAACAUGCAACUUAAUUUGAUCCAUCCCUCAUAGUUAAAUUAAAAAGCAUAACAAUGAGAGAACUUUUUGAUUGUGUUGAUACAAUAGACAAAUAUUACCCUUAGAAUUGUUAUUUGAAUUUAGAGUAAUUCGAUGAUAUUUUCGCAACAUUAAGUGAUAAUUGCAUCGAUCUCUUUCAUAGAUUGGCUGAUUAGACUGGAGAGGAUGGCAAAUUAUCAGUGCAUACAUUUGAAGCAUUGGCUGCAUUUGCAAUAUUCAGUGGAGAGAGUUUCGAAACGAAGUGUAUGUUUGUUUUUAGAUUAUUUGAUUUUGAUUUGUCUAACACUUUAGAAGAGUAAGAAAUGGUAAGUACAUUGUAAUGUGCAGUAAGAGCCAUGUGUAAAAUAGCUGGACUGGUGAUUCCAUCUGUAAGUAUGUUAGAGAAAUUGGGUUAUGUUUGUUUUUAGAUGAUGGACGAAGAUAAAAAUAAGCAUGUUGAUUUUGAUGAGUUCUAUGAAUGGACAGUAUAAUAUGAUGAAUUGCAAGAGUUUAUGUUAUAGUAUUCUGGUACUUAAACUUAUUAAUAUGCAUUAAAACGAAUGGUAAAUGCGAUGGAUGAAUCUGAGUAAUAGUUUAAUAAAUGGUUAAGAGAAUGCAAGGCUCCGUAAGUACCAGCCAUUAAAUUGCAAUAGAAUUUAUAUCUCAUUUAUAAGGGAAUUGAUGAAUUAUCAAUUGACACUCUUUUUUAUAUGAUCAUAGAAUAUACAUUGAGAUCAAAAAGCAUUGGAUAGGAAGAGAGUUCACAAUAACAAAAAGAUCUCUGGGCUUGGAAGGCUGAUCAUAAGAAAAAUUAACACCUUCUCUAAAAUAUCUCGGUUAAGAGGAGUGAUUAUUUGGAUAUCAUCAGAGCAUGGAAUGUUUAUUCUAUAACUGAUGUCAAUCAAUUGUCCAUUAUCAAUAUCAAGGAUCUCAAAUUACUUAUUUGGUUGUAUGAAGAUGAAGAACCAGAUUAUUUUAGAAUCAAUCAAGAAAUGUCAAUCAUAGAUACUAAUCACAACAACAUCAUCGAGAGAUGCGAAUGGAUGCAAUACUUAUGUUCUGAAGAAUCUAUGCAAAGAAGAUAAACUCCGUAGGUGUUAAUGAAGAAAGUGUUUGACAAUUACGAUGAGGAGUAAUGUGGGUUGAUACCCAUCAUCUAUAUCGAUAAACUAUUGAGAGAUACCUUCAAGUAGCAGAUGAAGAAGAUGAAGGACUUCAAGAGUAUAUAGAGUGUCAAUAGUUUGAUUCAACAAUUGAAGGUUGAGUUCAUGAAGUAGGUUAAAAAGAAUAAUCAAUCUCAUUUUGAUUGGCAAUCAUACUAUUAAUUCUUAGUUGAAGCGACUAAGACUCAUUCAUCACUUAACAAAUUGUUGAAUUUAAAUCGUGACUGA